AUGCCCUACCUACCAACCUCCCAGGCCUUCCUGGAACAAUCCGCUUCACUAUUACAAGCGUACCCCGAAGCGACGCGGAUAGUAACGAAAUACAACUUCCCAACGACAAGACCAGGCAAUGCGAAGCGUAUCCAAAAGUCGCAAGCGAAGAAGAGCGCUGACGCCACGCCGGCCGCGCCAAUCGCAACACUCACCUUGAAGACAUUCAACCCGGGCACGGGAAUCUGUCUGCAGUACCGCACAAACAAGGCGCAGGAGGUCAGUCGGUUGAUUACGAGUUUGGGGAAGUUGGCUGCCGGGGCUGAUGCUGCGGGAUUGGGGUUAUCCGGUGGUGUUCCUGCUGGUGGGGAUGUUGAGAUGGUGGAUGCUCCGGCUCCGGCUGAGGAGGGGGUGGCUGUGAAGCAGCAGCAGCAGCAGGGGCAGAGUGCGAAGGGGAAGAAGAAGGGCGGGAAAGGGAAGCGGUAG